AAUGCUGCUGUCAGAAGAGGCUACCACGGCAAGGUUUUUUGGGAAAAAAAAAACCCAAAACAAUUAUUGUUGGCUAUUAGGGCGGUUUUUUAAUUUGCUAAAAUAGCGUGCGGUGUUAGCGUUAAAGAAACUACAACGUUAAUAUAGCCAAUUGUGGCAAACAAUAAACAGCAACGGUGUUAUAAGUGCGUCGUUCAGGAGUCGUAACCUGAAAUCUUUGGGAUGAAGUCAUAUGCAGCGACCUGUUGUAAAAAUAGAAAAAAAAAAUACGUUUUAGCAUAAUGUAAGUUCUCUGAGUAACAGGGUUUGAAGUGUGACAGCAAAAGUUAAAAGACGUAGCUAGCUUUUCCUUACCGUUUCUUGCUGUCCAAGCGGUGACAGCUAAGCUCGCUAACUGGCUAGCCGAGCUCUUGUUUACCAUCAUGGACAGGGAGGCGUACCGUAACUGCUGCAGCCUGGUCAAAAUACCAAGACAGUCGUAUGAGCAGUUUUGGUCUUCACAUUUUGUAGAUUACAUCGACAAGGAGCUGAGCUAUUCUAAGUUUUUCAAGAAAUACUUGCUUCCCAAUCACCCGUGUAUGUUUUCAAGGAGGUUUACAGAGGACUGGAAGUGUAGAAAACAGUGGGUGACUGAGGAGGGGAAGCCUAAUUUCCAAAAACUGCUGCAAGAGUUUGAUGAGACGCCUGUUCCUGUUGCAAACUGCAAUGCAAAGGAGUACAACGCAAACCCUAAACAAGUUAUGCCUUUCAAGGAAUUUAUACACUACUGGAAGGAAUAUAUCCAAAAUGGCCACUCAUCGCCUAAAGGAUGUCUCUAUCUUAAAGACUGGCACAUGUCAAGGGACUUUCCAGAACACAGUGUUUACACCACACCAGUCUUCUUUUCUUCUGACUGGCUGAAUGAAUACUGGGAUACGCUUGAAGUGGAUGACUACCGGUUUGUCUACAUGGGACCUAAAGGUUCAUGGACCCCGUUCCAUGCUGAUGUGUUCCGCUCCUACAGUUGGUCAGCAAACAUCUGUGGGAGGAAGAAAUGGCUCCUAUAUCCCCCAGGUCAGGAGGAGUUUUUGCGAGACACUCAUGGCAACCUCCCUUAUGAUGUAACAUCAUCCGAACUUCGAGACAGAGGCCUUUUCCCUCACUCUGAAGAAGCCUGUCAACCUCUUGAGAUUAUUCAAGAGGCGGGUGAAAUCAUUUUUGUGCCUAGUGGCUGGCACCAUCAAGUUUAUAAUCUGGAGGACACCAUCUCUAUUAAUCACAACUGGUUGAAUGGCUGCAACAUUGACAUCAUGUGGCAGUUCCUUCAGAGUGAACUGUCAUCUGUUCAAAAAGAGAUCGAUGAGUGGAGAAACACAAUGGAUUCGUGGCAUCAGCACUGCCAGGUCAUCAUGAAGGCCUGCUCUGGUAUUAAUUAUGGAGAAUUUGCCUCAUUUCUGAAAAUCAUUGCUGACAACCGAAUGGCUUUCCUGAAUGCUUGCUCCUCUGGGGAUUCCUCCGAUUACCCACGACAUCUCUCGGAGAUCCUCACCACACUCGGACCUUACCAUGCUGCCUUUGACCUGCAGAGAGUGGCUCACGUAAUUGAAUGCUUACUCUGCAAUGAAGACUUUAAGCGGCUUGAUCAUUCAACACUGACUCUGCAGCCAGAAACUAUGUUACAGCAAAUUCGGGAUACCAUUCAAUCCACAAGAGGGCAGCAUCUCCUUUAUCAGGAAUAAGAUGUGGAGUGGGUUUCAGCAAUGUAAUAUUCACCUGGAAACAGCUUGAAUGAAAAGUGCCAAUUUGUACAGUGUGAAAAAGAUGAUAUAAUAGGUGUUACUGCACCUUUAGUUUGAGAUGAAAUACAGUCUCAAAUGUUGCCUGUGAACAUUUGGAAUUGAGUUUUGCACUGACAGAUGAAAUAGAUAAAUAAAUAAAUAAAUAAAAAGUU